AUGGUAGCAUCUCCAAUGACAGCGGCCGAACGGCUGCCCGCCCUGCUGCCCAGCGCCAGCAAGGAGCAGCUGCUGUACCUGUACGCUCGCUACAAGCAGGUGAAAUUCGGAACCUGUAACACUCCAAAGCCAAGCUUCUUUGAUUUUGAGGGGAAGCAGAAAUGGGAAGCUUGGAAAGCCCUGGGAGACACCAGUCCUCAUCAGGCUAUGCAGGAGUACGUUGCUACAGUGAAAAAACUGGACCCCAGCUGGAAUCCACAGACGACAGAGAAGAGGGGGAAAGAAAGCAAAACUGCAUUUGGAGGCCCAGUUGUCAGCUCGCUGUAUCAAGAAGAAACGAUCAGAGAAGAGGACAAGAACAUUUUCGAUUACUGCAGAGAAAACAACAUCGACUACGUAACCAAAGCCAUUCAAUCGAAAAAAGUGGACGUGAAUGUUGCAGAUGAGGAGGGCAGGGCUCUGCUCCACUGGGCAUGCGACAGAGGACACAAGGAGCUCGUUUCAGCACUGUUACAGCACUCUGCAGAUGUUAACAGCCAGGUCAGGACCUGGCUAUCUGCAAGCUGAGUUCCAACGCUUGAGAAAUUGGUAAACUUCCAUCAUCUAAAUCUGUUUCUCCUGUUCCAGCCAAUUAAACAUUAAAAUGAGCGUGACAAAUAAGUGUUCAUUUCUGGGUCAAUAACUCCGUAGUAUGUCUGUGACAUGACUGGCUGAGACAAUCCAUUUCAGUACAGUCCUGGGCAACCCGACAUCUUCGAGUAUGUAAUUGCUUUUAUAUGGAAAGAGAAGUAAUAAGGAUAAUGUAGCUAUCAGGCCUCGACUCACCAGUUCAAAAACUUCCCCUUGCCAAUCAAAUUUCUUUGAUAUUCAACCCGUUUUAGUCUCGUUCCAAAGGCAUUCUUGUGCUGUCAGAAAAUAUCCUAAUUGAUAGAUGAAUUUUCUCCAGUGUUAGAUGUUACCUCCUUGAAGAUGCUCAGCUUUGUCCACCAGCCAAUUAACCAUCUGUAGGAAGAGUGCUUAGCGCACGCUUUGUGGCACUGGGCAGGGUUGCCUCGUCCCUCCCCAUUCCCCUUCCCCUAUUAUAUAUAUAUUUUCUCAGCACUAUUAGAUUAUUAAAUGCUUAAUGACUAUUCCAUUCCUGCUAACUAUACUUUUGAUGAGCUGCA